AAGUAAGUAUAAGUCAUUUUUAUAUUGGCUUUGUCGAGUUAAUAUAUAAUAAAUUAAAAAAAAGUGAACUUAUUAUUAUUCAUUAAUAUUAAAAGAUCACCGGGUAUAUGGAAUGGUUUGAAGUAUCAGAGGAAGUGUUAGGCAACUCAGUGUGGAUAGACAUACAGGCAAACGUUCAGAAAAUGUCUCUAAACUGUUUGACACAAAAUAUGUACACGAAUCGACAGAAAGCUUUAGAAGAAUUUCGUUUAUUUGAUAAGGAAACAGUGGCAUUGAAUGUGUCAGUACCAUUGAAAUUAAAUGACCUUAAACCUACAACUGCAAUCAUCAUAACUGGUUAUAUUCCUCAUAAUUCAUCUAGAUUUUCUAUUAAUUUAACAUGUAGAACGAAUGGAAACAUAGCAUUGCAUUUUAAUCCACGACUGGAUCGUGGAUAUGUUGUUAGAAAUACAAAAGUAAAGGGUCAUUGGCAAAAUGAAGAAACAUGUUCGCCACGUUUGUCAGGCGGUUAUAUUUUCAAAAGAAAUGCUUACUUUCAUCUUAUCAUUUAUUGUGCACCAUAUGACUUCCAGAUAGCAGUUAAUGGAGAGCAUUUUUGUUCGUUUCACUACAGAAUGCCAUUGUCAGAAAUAGUCUGCUUAGAAGUUGAUGGAAAUGUUGAAGACAUCAAAGCAAGACAAACAAUUGUUAAUAUUUAUCCUGAUCCGAAAUUAUGUAAACCUACAAGGUCACUUGAAUUAACGGACGAGGAAUUACUCACUGACAAUCUUGAAUUGCCAGUAAAUAUCAAUAUCAAGAAGGGUCUAAAAAAUGGAUCUCGUUUGUUCAUCCAAGGAAGAUUAAAAUUACUUCCUUAUUCGUUCUACGUGAAUUUACAGAAAGGAAACUUGAUAUAUCCUCAUCCAGAAAUUGCAUUACAUAUUAAUCCAAGAUUUCAUUAUGGCAAUGCACCUGCUUGUGUUGUUUUGAAUUGUUGGACAGAAGGAAAAUGGUCCCAUGAAGAAAGACAUGAAGGACAUCUCUCAUGGCGUCCUGGACGCGAAUUUUUACUCACGAUUCGUGUUGAAUUUGAAUCUUAUACAAUUUGGUUGGGAAGUAAAAUGAUUGGUGAAUUUAAGCAUCGAAUGCUGCCAACGAUAGUCGAUACUAUUCGAAUAAGUGGAGAUUUGGUUUUAAAUCAAUUAGCUAUUAAGUAUAAUGACUAGACAAUAA